CAGUCUGUCAUUAUCAGCUGCAACUCACAGCAACAACAAAUUCCCUGCAGGUGGUGCAUCAUUCUAUUACGCAUAGAGAUUCAGCAAUUACACAAAUUGUAUUAAUGCAGUUAAAUGUUUUAUAAACCGAAUCAAAAAUGUUAAGAAACAAAGUUUACCCAUUCGUUAACGCUGUAGUGAACUCGCCAUUCGGGUGUCGCCCGGCUACUUUUCUCCGCAAAACAAAGCCUAUCCAUAAGCUAUUGUUGCAUCAGCUUUGUUCUCUGAGAACGGCUGAUUGCAUAGUCGCAAAUGAAAAGCAAAAAUGUGGCUUUAGCACAUCCACGGCAACAAAUCAGCUUAAAGAACUGAAAACACAUUUGUCACAACGGAAAGAUUCCUCGUCUUCGUCUUUCACCCCAAGUAUAAAUAAAUUCACAACACGUUCGCAUAACUGUGGUGAGUUGCGGCUAACACACGUCGGACAGCAAGUAACGCUUUGUGGAUGGCUGGAAUUUUCCCGUAUGAACAAAUUCUUCACACUGCGCGAUGGUUACGGAACCGUGCAAGCACUCAUUCCCGAGGAUGUGUGCCACCGAUUCAACUUGGAUGGAUUAGCAUUCGAAUCGAUCCUGUGCGUCUCGGGAACUGUACAUCCACGUCCUAAAGGCCAAGCAAAUGGAACUUUGCCCACGGGAGAGAUUGAAAUUCUUGUGAGCGGUUUAGAAGUGUUGAAUGAAGCGAAAAAACGACUUCCAAUCAACGUGAAGGAUCAUAAUCGAGCGAAGGAAAAUCUUCGCCUGGAGCACCGGUACAUCGAUCUGCGAAAUCGAGAUCUGCAACACAAUCUGCGCCUUCGAUCGCAGGUAAUCAUGAAGUUGCGUGAAUGUAUGAUCAACAAGUACGGGUUUGUGGAGGUCGAAACACCGACCUUGUUUCGAAGAACGCCUGGAGGAGCACAAGAGUUUGUCGUGCCGUCGCGGAAACCAGGCCAUUUUUACUCACUCGUACAAAGUCCGCAACAGUUCAAGCAGAUGCUUAUGGUUGGAGCAAUAGAUCGAUACUUUCAGAUUGCACGCUGCUACCGCGACGAAUCGACCCGACCCGAUCGACAGCCCGAAUUCACACAGCUUGAUAUUGAGUUGUCUUUCACGGAUCGUGAAAAUGUUAUCGAGUUGGUUGAACAGGUGCUAAUGCAAUCUUGGCCGUACGCUGACAAUCCUAUUCAGGGUCCUUUCCCUCGAAUGACGCUAGCUGAGGCGAUGGAACGGUUUGGGAGCGAUAAACCCGACACACGAUUCGGAUACGAACUGCUAAAUUUCAGCGAGAUGCUUGGAGCGCACUUAACUUCCCCAGCUGGAGUACAACAGCAGCAAUUUAGAGCGUACGGAAUCCUAAUCCGUUCGUAUGAAGCCCGAAACCUUCCGACAUCGUUGAAGAAAUCCUUGGAAGAAAUAGCAAAAAAGAGCAGUUUUUGUAAAUUUACUCAAAGCAAAGUUACGUCAGACUGGAGCUCAGGAGCGAUUGUUCGUUUGCUUGGAAAGGAAACCGCCGAAACAUUGGCCAAGCGAUUGACCUUACAACCGGACGAUCUAUUGCUUCUUGGUUGGGGAAAGCAAACUUAUGUGCAAAACAUGAUGGGCAGGAUACGUUUGGCUGCCUACGAAGCCUUGGAAGAGCGUAAUCUCGUACCGAAACGCCAGUCCCACGCGCACAACUUUCUCUGGGUGGUAGAUUUUCCUAUGUUUAGCGAGAAUGAAGAAACGGGCCAAAUCGAAAGCACACACCAUCCAUUCACUGCACCACAUCCGGAAGAUGCAGCCGCACUUAACGCACCAAACCUCAAUGAUAGCUUUUAUAGCAUUCGUUCGCUGGCUUACGAUCUCGUGUGGAAUGGUGUUGAGAUCGGUGGAGGAUCGAUUCGUAUCCACAACCGCCAGCUACAGCAAACAGUGCUCAAGGAUGUGCUAAAGAUCGAGCACUCCCAUCUGAAUCAUCUCCUAGAGGCGCUGGAAAGUGGUGCACCACCACAUGGUGGCUUUGCAAUCGGACUCGAUCGUUAUGUCGCUUUACUGUGCAAUGCCGCAUCCAUUCGCGAGGUUAUUGCGUUCCCAAAGAGCCUGGACGGUAGGGAUCCACUUUCUAAAGCACCUGUCCCUAUUAGCGAGGAAGAGAAGCGAAUCUACCACAUCCGAGUGGUAGAAUGAUGAGCCAGAUGAAUCGAUAGUUGGCACAUUUUUUUAUUCAUCAACGACGGCCUGCCUGGUUGUAUUGCUGAUAGUUGAAACAUUAUAAUAAAGAAAAAUGUCCGAAGUAUUAUUCGGUUCUCGAUUCGCAAAAAGA